UCUUGUCCAACGUUAUCCAAAGAAUGAGAAAAUGCUGCUCUCUCCUUCGCCUUGUCCAACUCUUCCCUCUCAUCCUCCCCAUUUCCUUCCUUCUUCUUCAGACCCGCCUUACGAAAUCCUCCGCUGCCACGCAUCCCUCUUGCUUCUCCGCAAGUGCAAAACCCUUCAAUCUCUUCGGCAAAUCCAUGCCCAGAUGAUCAAAACUGGUCUUCACAACACGAAUUACGGUCUGAGCAAGCUUAUCGAGUUCUGCGUUCUUUCUCGGUUCUCCGAUGGUCUUCCUUAUGCUGUUUCGAUCUUCGAAACGAUUCAGGAGCCGAAUCUGCUGAUUUGGAACACCAUGAUUCGUGGGCAUUCGUUGAGUUCGUCUUCGAUUUCGGCUCUGCAGUGGUAUGUUCGCAUGAUCUCGCUGGGCUUGGUUCCUAAUUCCUACACUUUUCCUUUUGUUUUGAAAUCCUGUGCGAAAUCGGGGGCUAUAAGGGAAGGAAAACAGGUCCAUGGACAUGUUCUGAAACAUGGACUUGAUUUAGAUUUGUAUGUUCACACUUCUUUGAUAUCCAUGUAUGCUCAGAAUGGGGAAUUGGAAGACGCACAUAUGGUGUUCGAUAAUAGUCCUCAUAGAGAUGCGGUUUCGUUCACGGCUAUCAUCACAGGGUACGCGUCCAAGGGUUGUAUUGAGAAUGCACGUAAGUUGUUCGAUGAAAUCCCUGUUAGAGAUGUGGUUUCAUGGAAUGCAAUGAUCUCAGGUUAUGUCGAAACCAGCAGAUAUAAUGAGGCCUUGGAGUUGUUUAAGGAGAUGAUUGAGGUGAGUGUUACACCGGAUGAGAGUACGAUGGUUAGUGUACUUUCUGCUUGUGCUAAAUCUGGUGAUAUCAAUUUAUGCCGUUGGGUACAUUCAUGGAUCUGUGAUCAUCAUCAUGGGUUCAGUUUAAACCUUCAGCUUGUUAAUGCACUCAUUGAUAUGUACUCGAAAUGCGGUGAUAUUCAGACAGCCCGUGAUCUGUUCGAGGGUUUGUCUCAAAGAGAUGUGAUUUCAUGGAACAUCAUGAUUGGUGGGUACACCCGAAUGAAUGUCUACAAAGAAUCUCUGUUGUUGUUUCAAGAAAUGUUGAGAUCAGGUGAAAGCCCGAAUGAUGUGACGAUGCUGAGUAUCCUUCCGGCUUGUGCCCACCUCGGAGCCACGGAUAUCGGGAAAUGGGUUCAUGUUUAUAUAGACAAGAAGCUGAAGAAUAUUAAAAACCCCUCUCUCCGGACAAGCCUCAUCGACAUGUAUGCCAAAUGUGGAAAUAUCGAAGCUGCAAAGCAAGUAUUCGGGAGCACCGGGAAUAGAAGCUUGGCAUCUUGGAAUGCCAUGAUAUCUGGGUUUGCAAUGCACGGACGGGCUGAUGCAGCAUUUGAUCUUUUCUCGAGAAUGAAGGAGAACGGGAUUGAACCGGAUGACAUCACGUUUGUGGGCCUGUUGUCAGCUUGUAGCCAUGCCGGUUUGCUAGAGCUAGGCCACCGGAUUUUCAAAUCAAUGACUCAAGAGUACAGAAUAUCUCCCAAGUUGGAGCACUAUGGAUGCGUUAUAGACCUUUUAGGACGAUCGGGGAAGUUCAAAGAAGCAGAAGAAGUUAUCGAGGGUAUGGGAAUGGAACCCGAUGGAGCGAUAUGGGGCUCCCUCCUCAAAGCUUGCAGGAUUCACGGGAACAUUGAAAUGGGCGAAUCCAUCGCAGAAAAUCUCUUCAAGGUUGAACCCGAAAACCCUGGAGCUUACAUCCUUCUUUCAAACAUAUACGCAAGUGCUGGGAGAUGGAACGAUGUAGCCAGAAUACGGUCACAGCUUAACGAUAAGGGUAUGAAGAAAAUUCCCGGUUGCAGCUCUAUAGAAAUAGAAUCCGUGGUUCACGAAUUUCUCAUAGGGGAUCAACUCCAUCCGAGGCACGAAGAAAUCUACAAAAUGCUAGACGAAAUCGACACGUUACUGGAGAAAUCAGGGUUUGUUCCAGAUAAAACCGAAGUGUUGCAAGAGAUGGACGAAGAAUGGAAAGAAGGGGCGUUGCGGCAUCACAGCGAGAAGCUCGCGAUUGCGUUCGGGCUGAUCAGCACGAAACCGGGGACGAAACUGACGAUAGUGAAGAAUCUAAGGGUAUGCAGAAACUGCCACGAGGCUACUAAACUCAUAUCGAAGAUAUUCGGCCGGGAGAUUAUUGCCAGAGAUCGGAAUCGGUUCCACCAUUUCAGAGAUGGUGUUUGUUCGUGCAAUGACUACUGGUGAAAGAAGAGGCAGAACGCUGAGGACUGACCGGAGAUUUGGUCUCCAAUGGUUUUAGUAAUUUGUUGUUCUUCGGCCAAACUUACAUGUUGAUGCUCCUGCCACUGCAAUUUAACAUAAAGUAAUUAAUGAUUGUAAAAAAAUAUGAUUAAACCAGUCCUGGUUUUGUUAAAUCGAACCAAAAAAAGCCGGUUAGGUUCGAUAUAUAUUUUUAAAUAAAGUAGCACACAUUUGACAA